AUGAAUCGAACAGAAUCUUCUUUUCGACGUCACCCGGGCAGUGGUAGUUUACGUAGAUUUAGUUUUCGCCGUAAAGCUACACGAGAAUCAUUACCUGAACCAACAUCAACUUGGUCAUUUAAUAAUGACAGUCACGAAUGGCAAUUACUUCGAGAGGAUGGUGCUCAAAUACAACUUGUUUACAAUAAAUCUGAACAUAUUCCAUUGAAAGAUUUUGCAGCUGAAAUUCGUGGUGGAAAAGAUAUUAAAGAAUUUAUUCUUAGUGCACUUGUUUUACUUGAUGUACAAGAUACAUCUAUAUGGGAUUUAUUAGAAAUAAUUCUUCGACGAAUAAAACAAACAAGUUUACCUAAUAAUGAUAGUACACCAGUAUUAUCAUCUUCAUCUUUAUCCAAUGCAACUACAACAAUGAUAAAUAAUACAGUUAUUACGACUAGUAGUGGACAUCGAGAAAAUUUAAAUAUUGAAGAAAUUAAACGAGCAUUAUUUGUAAAUGAUAGAGUUCGAAUCUUAGCAAAAACUCUUCAAGCAACAACAGCAACUGAAACAAAUUGGACAUAUGAUCAAUCAUGGUUAGCAAUAAUGUGUACAUCUCCAUCAAUUCUUAAACGUCAUGUUGCUAUAGCUCGUUUGAAAUAUCCUUGUAAUUUAGGACGUAAUUGUCAAGAAGCACGCUUUAUUGUUUUUAUAUUAUCACCAAUGCGAGAAAAGGGAACAAAAAAUUUUCUUGAAACAGGUCGUACAUUUGCUACUAUAUUUGCUGAUAUUGAAUUACGUGCGAAAUUAUUAAAAGCAACAACACAACAAGAAUUUAUUUCAAUUAUUGAUAAACAUACAGAUCAUUUAAUGGAACAACAACAAACAUCACAUACAAGAAAUUCUUUACCAGAUGCAUUUGAUGAUAAUAACAUAAACUCUGAAGUGUUAAAAGUUAAAACAUAUUAUUGUCCAAUACUAUCUGAUAUGUAUAUGGAUUUAUCACGUCGUUUACCACAUUAUUUUUCAGAUUUUUAUGAUAUUUUUCAAACUUAUCGUGGUUCACAAAAAGUUUUAUCAACUGCUGUAUUUCUUUAUUUUGCUUGUCUUUUACCAAGUAUAGCAUUUGGUGUAUUAAAUUCUCAAGUAACAAAUGAUCAAAUAAGUGUACCAAAAGCUGUUGCAAGUCAAUGUCUCGGUGGAAUAUUUUUUUCAAUAUUUUCUGGACAACCAUUAAUUGUUGUUAUGACAACAGCACCAUUAACAAUUUAUGUUAAAGUUAUUUUUGUAUUAUGUACAUGGUAUCGUUUGGAUUUUCGAGAUACAUAUGCAUUAGUUGGUUUAUGGAAUUCAUUUUUUCUGAUUUUAUAUUCCCUUUUUGGUGUUUCAAAAAUAAUGAAAUGGUCAACAAGAUCAACUGAAGAAAUUUUUGCAUUAUUUGUUUCUAUUGCAUUUUUGGUUGAUGCUAGUACACAUGUUUAUCGAAACAGAAUUCUAUGUUUAGAUUUUACACGUAAUUAUUCAACGACUGUUUGUAAACAAUAUGAUGAAUAUUGGAAAUUACGUCGAAUGAAUAAAAAUGUAACAUUUAAUUUUACAGAAGGAACUUUAGAAGAACCAUGUUCACGUGAUUCAAGUCUACUUUAUAUAUUAUUAACACUUGGAACAGUAUGGCUAGGAACAUUUUUAUAUAAAUUUAAACAGACACCAUAUUUAACAUCAGCUAAACGAGAAUUAUUAACAGAUUAUGCAUUGCCCGUAUCUGUUAUAAUAAUGUCUUUAAUUGGUAGUCUUCUAUUUAGUCAAAUAAAUCUUCAAUCAUUUUCUGUUGAUCAUAGACAUCUAUUUGUAUUAGUUCGAUUUAAGUCAAUUACAUUUAAACAAAUAAUUGCAACAGGAGGUCUUGGGUUUUCCUUAUCUUUAUUAAUGUUUCUUGAUCAAAAUAUAGCCGGUGCCAUUGUUAAUUCACCGGCAAAUAAAUUAAAAAAAGGCAAAGCUUUUCAUAUCGAUUUGUUUGUCAUUGCUAUACUUAAUGGUUGGCUUUCUUUGUUCGGAUUGACAUGGAUGCAUGCUUUACCCUUAUCACCAUUACAUGUAAAAGCACUUGCUGAUACAGAAGAACGUGUUGAACAAGGUCAUAUACAAUCAGUUAUUGUUAAAGUACGUGAAACUCGUUUAACAGUACUUCUAUCACAUAUAUUUAUUGGUAUGUCAUUAUUCAUGCGUGAUAUUCUUAAACAAAUCCCAAUGCCAGUAUUAGAUGGUUUAUUUCUUUAUUUGGCAUUAACAUCACUUGAUGGUAAUCAAUUUUUUGAACGAGUUACAUUGUUUUUUACUGAACAAGUAUGUUAA